AUGGAUUCGGAUGCUGUCUCUACCUCUAGCCGGUCCUCCUCCCCUGAGCUAGUAGCGGAUGCCACUAUGGGUGGCUCCUACUCCAAAACCAUGUUCCAGGGGUAUUGCCAGGAGAGUAAAGAGGCUCACAGCAGGCUGCAGCCCGGGUCAGAGCGUGGUGUGGGCGUGGGCAAGGCCAAGUCCCGAGCGGAGCCAACUAAGGAUGACCUGCAGGAUCUGCGUCUGAAAGUGAACAGCCGGGAAAGGAAGAGGAUGCAUGACCUCAACCAGGCCAUGGACGGGCUGCGGGAGGUCAUGCCAUACGCCCAGGGGCCCUCCGUCCGCAAGCUUUCCAAGAUCUCCACCCUGCUGCUGGCUCGAAACUACAUCCUCAUGCUGUCCAGCUCCCUGGAGGAGAUGAGGAAGCUGGUGGGGGACGUGUAUGGGGGCGGUGCCCAGCGCCAUGUGUCCCGCCGGACCUCAGUCAACCCCUUGACCGCACCCCAGCUUCCCCUGCACCCCUUGGCCCAGUCUCUGCACUCGCUCAUGGGCGCGACCUCCUCUUCUCACGCCCCUGCCCCUGCUCCGCUAUCUCCACCCUCUUCUACCUACCUGGGCUUCCAAUCUCCACUGCAGGGUCUCCUGAAGGAACCUCUCCAUCUCGGCACCUCCUACAGACACUACCCCGGCAUGUCCUGCCCUUGCUCCCUGUGCCAGCCUCUCCCCACCUCCACACCCAGUCUACACAGCCUUGCCAUGGGUAAGUGA